CCGCCCCGCCCGGGCCGCCCCCGGCCCCGCCGCCCCGCGGCUGCUAUGGUCGCCAGCGAUGGACCCUGCCAGGCCAGGAAGCCCCUACCAGUCGGCAAUUGAAGCUCUAGGGAACUACCCCCAGAAGAAGUUCUACAAUGUCUCAAAGCUUGGAGGAGCCAAGUAUGAUACUCUGCCUUACUCCAUACGAGUGCUGUUUGAAUCCAGUGUCCGCAACUGCGACGGCUUCUUGGUGAAGGAAACGGAUGCCAUGAACAUCUUGGACUGGAAAACAAAACAGAAUAAUGUUGAAGUGCCCUUCUGUCCUGCCAGAGUUGUUCUUCAAGACUUUACUGGAAUUCCAGCAAUGGUGGAUUUUGCUGCCAUGAGGGAAGCUGUGAGAAAUGCUGGAGGAGAUCCUGUGAAAGUCAAUCCUGCCUGCCCAACUGAUCUCACUGUUGACCAUUCUCUGCAGAUUGAUUUCAGCAAAUGUGCGAUACAGAACGCUCCGAACCCGGGGGGUGGUGAUUCCCAGAAGGCCCUGGCCAAGCUGUCCCCGCUGCGGGCGCAGCCGCGGAAGCUGCCGUGCCGGGGCCAGCCGGGCUGCAAGGGGCCCUGCGACUCCAGCCGCGGCCCCGCUCAGCCUGCUGCUCAGAUCGAGAACACCCCUCUCCUCUGCCCUUUCCACCUUCGGCCCGUGCCUGAGCCUGAGACAGUACUGAAAAAUCAGGAGAUGGAGUUUGGCAGGAACAGAGAACGGCUUCAGUUUUUUAAGUGGAGUUCAAAGGUUUUCAGGAAUGUAUCCAUAAUUCCACCUGAGACGGGAAUGGCACACCAAGUGAACCUGGAGUAUUUGUCAAGAGUUGUUUUUGAAGUGAAAGAUUUCCUCUAUCCAGACAGCUUGGUUGGCACAGACUCUCACACAACCAUGGUCAAUGGCCUGGGCAUCUUGGGCUGGGGUGUGGGAGGGAUCGAAGCAGAAGCAGUGAUGCUGGGGAUGCCCCUGUCUCUCCCCUUGCCCCAGGUGGUUGGGUGUGAGCUGACGGGCACAGCCAGCCCACUGGCUACAUCCAUAGAUAUUGUUCUGAGCAUCACGAAGCAUCUUAGGCAAGCUGAUGUGGCUGGGAAGUUUGUGGAGUUCUUUGGGAGCGGCGUGGCCCAGCUGUCUGUAGCGGACCGGACCACGAUAGCCAACAUGUGUCCCGAGUACGGUGCUGUCCUGAGCUUCUUCCCUGUUGAUAAUGUGACACUGAAGCACUUAAGGCAUGCAGGUUUUGACAAGGCCAAGCUUGAAGUCAUGGAAGCAUAUCUUAAAGCUGUGAAGUUAUUUAGAAAUGAUGAGAGUUCUUCCAGAGAACCUGAGUAUUCCCAGGUGGUGCAGAUCAGUCUAAGUUCUAUAAUUCCAUAUGUCAGUGGCCCCAAGAGGUCCCAAGACAGAGUGGCUGUUACUAAUAUGAAAAGUGACUUCCAAGCCUGCUUAAAUGAAAAGUCUGGCGUCAAGGGGUUCCAGAUUGCAGCUGAGAAACAGAAUGACACUGUACCUGUUCAGUAUGAAGGAAAUGAAUACAAGCUAUCUCAUGGCUGCAUUGUCAUUGCUGCAGUAAUCAGCUGCACCAACAACUGUAAUCCAUCAGUCAUGCUUGCUGCAGGGCUCCUGGCCAAAAAAGCUGUUGAAGCUGGGCUGGUGGUUAAGCCCUACAUAAGAACAAGUUUAUCACCAGGCAGUGGAAUGGUUACACAUUACCUCAGUUCAAGUGGAGUAUUGCCAUACCUCAGUAAGCUUGGGUUUGAGGUUGUUGGAUAUGGCUGUUCAACUUGUGUUGGAAACACAGCCCCCUUGCCAGAAGCUGUCAGGAAUGCAAUCAAACAGGGUGAUAUAGUUGCCUGUGGAGUAUUGUCUGGAACAAAGAACUUUGAAGGACGUCUCUGUGACUGUGUCCGUGCCAACUACCUUGCUUCUCCACCCCUCGUAGUUGCUUAUGCUAUUGCAGGCACUGUCAGAAUAGACUUUGAAACUGAGCCUUUGGGCACUGGCUUUAAUGGCAGAAGUAUUUACUUAAGAGAUAUUUGGCCCACCCGAAGAGAACUUCACACAGUGGAGGAAGAGUGUGUGAUAUCAUCCAUGUUUAAGGAAUUGAAAGAAAAAAUGGAGAAAGGAAACAAACGAUGGAAUUUAUUGGAAGCACCUGAGUCAACUUUAUUUCCCUGGGAUUUAAAAUCUACUUAUAUCAGAUGUCCUUCCUUUUUUGAUAAACUUGCCAAAGAACCAGUUUCACCACAACCGAUUGAAAAUGCCCACGUCUUGCUCUAUCUGGGAGAUGGUGUAACUACAGAUCACAUAUCCCCUGCUGGAAGCAUUGCAAGGAGUAGUGCUGCUGCCAAGUAUCUGACCAACAAAGGACUCACACCUCGUGAAUUCAACUCUUAUGGAGCUCGGAGAGGUAACGAUGCUGUGAUGACAAGAGGUACCUUUGCAAAUAUCAAGCUUCUGAACAAGUUCAUAGGAAAACCAGCUCCUAAAACAAUUCACUUCCCAUCGGGACAAACGCUAGAUGUGUUUGAAGCAGCAGAGCUGUACCAGAAGGAAGGCAUCCCUGUAAUUAUUCUAGCAGGAAAGAAGUAUGGACUGGGUAGCUCAAGAGACUGGGCUGCAAAAGGGCCUUUUUUACUGGGUGUUAAAGCUGUCCUAGCUGAAAGCUACGAGAAGGUUCAUAAAAGUCAGCUGAUUGGAAUUGGCAUAGCUCCUCUUCAGUUUCUUCCUGGGGAAAAUCCAAGUACUUUAGGUCUCACUGGCAGAGAGCAAUUUUCUAUAUUGUUCCCUCCAGAGCUGUCGCCCGGAAUGACUUUGGAUGUGAAGACAAGCACUGGAAAAGGAUUCAGCGUGAUUGCCUUGUUUGACAGCGACUUGGAGAUCACUUUAUACAGAUAUGGUGGAAGUCUGAACUUUGUGGCCAGAAGAUUCUUAUAGUAGCUACUGACUAUGGGUACCUUGCAUAACUGGUAAUUCUGAAAUGCCUUGUGUGAACCCAGGAAUCUGUACUGUGGAACUGCAAACAGUCCUAGUGUGCUCACAGUUACUUCGUCCAUGGAUGUAAAAGAUUGUGAAUCAUUGUAACUGCAACGAGAUCCUUCCUGAUUUUAAAUAAUAUUCUAAUGGUGCUAUUAAACAUUGCUAAAAUCAACAUGUGUGUUGUGGCAGAGAGCUGUAAGUAUGGAGGGGAUGUUUUAUCAGACCAUUUUGUAAAUAAACUAUACGAAAUCUGAAACUGAUUGUGCUGAAGAUUAUUAUGUAAGAUGAUUUUCUGCAGUUGUUUCCACUCAGUUCUUGCACCUGUAAAUCUGUGUACUGCUGUUUGGUGCUUUAAGGGUAGCAGAUGGUAUGGAAUGUUAAAGGCCAAACAGAAGUUAUUUUCCUUUUGCAUCCAGAGCUUAAAACAAAUAUUCAAUUUUCAAUUUCUUGCUUGAAUUAAGUUAUGGGCUGAGCAAAAAUCAGCUCACAUGAUGCCCAUGGUAUCCUGAAUCACAGAUAAUUACUUUCUUACCUUUAUUAUGGGAUUACAUUUCAUCUGGUUCCAGAUUUACAACUCAUGCUAUGAAAUACUGUGUGCUUAGAAGUAUGGGAAACAUCUCUGCAUCUAAAAAGUGCUUGCAAUUGAGUGUAGCACCCCAGCUUUUUUGGCAAGCUGUGGUGGCCUUCAGCUGAAGUUUGUCAUAUCUACUUGAAUGGAUACAGUUUGUUAUUUAUGACAUCAGUUUUUAUUGUACUGUCUGUGAUACCAUUAGACCCAAGUACCUCCCCAUAAUAUUUAACUUUAAAAAUGUUUAUUAGAACUGUUUCAAUGCCUCUGCUUUAAAUAUGACCUGUGUCUAAUAAGUUAUACUUGUUAAAUGUUACACAGCUGAGGUAGCUGUACUGCCUUGUAGUGCUUCCUAAUGUGCUGGUAGUUUACAGCUCUUCUGAACAGGCAUCAAAAGCCCCUGCUCAAGAUCCCAGACUCCUGAACAGAUCGGGCUCUUAGCCCAUUGCAACUUGUAUAAAUUUACUUGUCAGCACAUUGAUGGUAAAAACCUUGUUCUGCAUUUAAUAUUAAUAGAAGAUGCUCAGUUUCUGCAGAGGUGCUUGUUUUUCCCCUUAAACUGGCAUCGACCAGCUUCUCAUCUGUGCAGGUGAGUCUGCAGCUUCAAGAUGCUAUUUCUGAGCUCCUGUGUCUUGAAAAGCUUCAUAGGACUGCUUAGAGUUUACAUAGAGGUUAAUUUAUUUUUGGAGACCAAAACUGCAAUAACUUGCCUCUGAGUUCUCAAGAUUUUGCUUUAAGAUUUUUUUGUUCUUGAUAAACAUUGUCUUAAACACCAAAAUUUUCAAGAGGAUUAUGUGAGCUUUACUACCUGUGCUCUCAGUUUAUAACCAGAUACUAAGCUAGUUGACUUGCAAGCUAAGAGUUGCACUGUUCAAAUCUUCAAAUAGUAUGUUUCUGACAUUUCUUUAAAAACAGACACACAAAAAAACCCCCAUCCCUGGCAUAAUUAUCACUAUAAUGUAUUUUUGACAGUUUGAAUACAGAUUUAGCUUGACUUCACUGGCAUAACUUUGACACACCUGUUUUAUGUUAUUGGACAAAGUUUCCUAUAGUUUGAAAUGCUGUAUAAUCUGGUUUUAUAUUUCACAUGGUUUUGCUGUGAUGUUAUUUUAGCCAAGAUAAAUACCAUUCUGGUGACUCCUACCACUGAUACAGUGACAAGUCAAUGCAUUUUUUGAAUACUAUAUUCAUCUGAAUGCUUGAAUGGCUUUCUGUUCUGUGGUACUUUUGCUGAUUUUAUCCAGAUUUGUUGAGCAGAUCUUAUUUCUUGUACAACAAUGUCUAAUACUGGUUGUUUUUUUUCCAGCUCAAAGGUGUGUUCUUGAUUUUUAGCUCAAGAAAAUGUUCAAGUGUUCAUUAUUGGGGAGCAAAUAGGAAUUUAGUGCUGGCACAUAAUGAUGCCUGAUGCAGAUGAUGAUAAAAACAACGCCAAGCUGGUUUAAAAUCUGUGUAACUCCUAGUGCUUGAAAGGAACACAGCCUCCCACCCUCUCCAGUGCAGGAACACUUGUUGCUUCAGAAGGAGACAGUGAUCUCAGCCAUGGCAAGGUAAACCAGUAGUGUCAAGUUAAGUGCAAUUUCAAGGGGUGUGACUUUCCUGCAAGUUGUCAGCAACAAAGCUAGUCCUCUCUUCAGAGAGAUGAUGCAUUUCAUUCCCAUAGCAACUACUUUAGUUCUGCUGCACACCUGUGUCUUAAAAUCAAUGAAAGGACAGCUUUUGAGCUGAGCUCUGGCACAGCUGCUUUUCAAGGUUAGGUUCCUGCUGUUGCUGCAGUGGGUGCAGCCCUAAAUAUGCCAAGCUGGGGAGUGUCUGAGCUGUGCAGACUGUCCGUGCCCGUGGGAUCUGUAUGCCUGCAGUGGAGUGGGUGCUGUGAGGAACAGCUCUGCUCAUGUCCCCAUCUCCUGCUUCUCACGGGGUAGUGACCUGCUAGUGCAGGAGCACUUGCCUGGUUAUCCAAGCUCAUGUGCCUGUCCCCUCUCCCUCGUGCAGCAGUGAACGUUGUGCAGUCCAGCUCAACGAGCCACUAGCAAAGGGAGGACGUUCUGACUGAACAGCCUGCUAGGAUCCUGGGAGCAGUAGCUGGGCAGGAGUGACACCUGCUUUCUGGCAGGGGCAGGACAAGGUACAGUCAGAGGAUUGCUGUGAUCACACACAACAUUGUUCAAUUAGACAUCAUUAGAGUAUCUUAAAGCAUAGGAGGAAAAAUAGCUUUUUGCAGAAGUGACUCGGUGUGUUAGAUUGUAUUUAACCUAGAAUUCUCUUGGUUUGGAUUUGGGAGAAGAAUGUGUUCCAAUUUUUCUAAAUAUUUUUCUGUCCUUGUGCCCCCUUUUCCUCCCUUUCCCUCCCAAACAGCAGAGCUUUGGGGUAGUAUUGUUGUUUAUACAUUUUACACCUGAAUAUAAAGACAUGAAGCUAUGUAUGUUAAACAUGUAAGCAACUGCAAAUCAAUGUCUGCUGUUUAAAGCCAACAGAACAGUGUAAGUUUUGAUUUCAAUAAGUAUUGUAUAGAUCUAUCUUAAGUUCAAUUGACAAUUGUGCAUAAAAUGUUACCAAUGCUGUAAAUUAUUUUUAAUAAAGAAAAUUGUAUCAUG